AGUACGCAAAAGAAUUCACUACUGAAUGUACGGUUGAAAAAAUGAAUGGCGGCAGCUGAAUUAAAUUCAAAAUGGCCGUUGUAAAAAGGAGUAAUUGAUUUCCUUCGACUACAAAAUAUUUUAUGUGACUGUUUAAUAUUAUUUAUAUAUGCUGAUAUAUAAUUAAAAAUAAAAGAAUUUCGUCAAAAUGUCCCAAUCCAUAGUGCAGAAAAGAGAUGAAAAUGUAUUUCGUACACUAAAACGCAAACGAAAAUCUGAGGAAUGUUUGGAACACACUGCAGAUGUUACUAUAGACACAAAUACUUGCUUUACCAAUUCGGCUUUCAGAUCUACGCCAAAAAAAGUAGUGCUACGCAGGCGUACACAAAACCCAAUAACGAAUGUUGUUGUGCAAGAUACUUGCUUGGAAGUGAAAUCAAUUUCAGAUAUAAUUAAACGUCCAGUUGAAAAGACAGAUUUGACUAAAAUCGAUGGUGACGCACUUUCGCAAAAUCCCUACGAAGUUCAACGCAAACCACCCAAGAAGAAAAAACGAGAAUCCGAAAUAGUAGAAGCAUGCUUUGAAAAUCCAGCAUUGAACUUAGAGCUGCCUGAAAAACAAUUUAAUCCAUACGAAGUCUUACGUGAUGUGCCCACAAAACAAACUAAUGUUGUUCAACCUAAUUGCUUUGUAAAUGCAGCCUUAAAUCUACGAACGCAGGAUGUAACUGCAACUAGAAACCCAUUUGAGAUCCAACGUUGCCAAAGCGUUGAAACAACUACUUCUGCUGUGGGCGUUGAAAACACUGGCUUGAAAGAUGGCCAAGUAGUUUCAACCGAUUUAAAAAUAUCUUUGCCUUUUAAGCCUACUGUGGGUUGUCGCAUAGAUUUCACUAAUAUACCUAUAGAAGAGCUAACUCCUAGCAAGCUGCUGGCAGAUAAACUCGUAUUUUCUCCCGUCUUAUUGUUGCCAAAACGUUCAUUGGAUUCCGCAAGUGAGGAUAGUAGUAUGGAUAUAGGCAAAGAGUUAGAUCGCUAUCAGCUCGAGCUAGAGAAUAGUAUUAAUGAGGCAAAAAUGCGCAAGGCAAUUGGACCAUGUACGAAAUCGAAAACGGAAGAUUUUUCUUUAAAUGUGUACGUCGAACAAAAAAUCACAUUCAAUCAAAGAUUGGCCGAAAUAGCCGAAGAAGAUGAAGAAAAUUAUUUUAAUGAAGAAGAUGUGGAAAUAAAGAAUACUUUGCAUGAUUGUAUUGAAUGUGAAUCUCAUAUUGAAUUGAUUGGUAAAUUACAAAAUGAACUAGUCGAAAGAGAAACAUGCCUGGUCGAGGAAUUAAAGGUCGAAGAUGUUGCAUAUGCCUCUGACUCGGAUGACGACGAAAUCGACUUCAAGGCACCAGCACCAUUUGUGCGUGCAUAUCAACGCGCAGCAACAACACAUGUCGCUGGUAGCAAAGAGUCGUUGCACUCCACCGAUUCAAACGGCUCAAGCGAUCAUAAGAAAUCGCUGAAUGUACGUAAUUUAAUACGUAAAUCUUUACGAAAACUAAUGCAUCCAACUAAACAUGAUAAUUUGUUUAAGAAUAAUACUGAUAAGAACAAAAUGCUGGACAAUGAAAUAGGUGAAAAUGUAAAGCAACAUGCCACCGCAUAUAAAAUGAUACGAAAUAGUUUAAGACGCAAAACAACCGUCAAACCUUCCAAUUCUGCUAAGGCAGCGCCAGCUGCAAAAGCGGAAACAUCCAUAAUCGAUAACAGCGAACGCACAAUGAAACUAACUGCCGUGAUUUCAACGAAUACCGAAGGCGAGCGAAACCACACAUUGCGUCACAGCUUGCGACGAUCGACACGCGAAAUUGGGCAACACUUGAUGAAAUCUGUGUUUCACAAAAAUCACGAAGCCUAUGAACUAGGCAAGUGAUCAGUUUUAAGUUGAUGUGGUUAUUUUUUUCCAUAUUGUUUACUACCAUACAGCACAUUUUAUUAUUUAAUUCUAAAACACAAUGUUAAGCACCCAAAGAUUAUAGCUAUGAAUGCUAACUGAACUUUCUUUAAUGCACCAAUGUUGCACACUUAAUUUUUAUUAUUAUAUUAAGUUAAAAUAUAUGUUUUUUUUUUGAAUAAAUUAUUGAUGCUUAAAUAAA